UAGAGUAGAUGAGCCUAAAUGGGGUGAAGCAACUGGCCCGACAACAGAUGACCCAUCGCCACCACCGCCCACACGCCCUCCUCACCUCGUCACCCUUUGCUCUGCCUUCCUCCGUAUCCACCAUUAGCGCCCGACUCUUGUUCACCCGCUCCAUCACACCUAUACUCGGCCACGCUUACCAGUACCAUCCGCCACCCCCACGCUCACCCUUAACCACCGCCUCCACCAUGACCACCACCACCUCUGCUGACCACCCACUCAACCUGGACGCCAUUUUCAAGCAGAAGAAGGCCCUUCGUUCCAAAGUCAGAAGAGACCUCAAGUCCAUGGACCCUACCCUUAGAUCGAAGGAAGAUGAUGCGGUACAGAAUCUUGUACUGGAAGCUCCCUGGUUCAAGUCUUGUCAGAAAUUAUGUGCUUACAUAAGCUGCAGCGCACUAAGAGAAGUUGAUACGUCUAAAUUGUUGGCCCAAAUUCUCAAUUACUCAUCCAAAGAUGAUUAUCUACAGAUGGGGAAGACACUCUAUGUUCCACGAGUGGAGGACAAGAAUAGCCACAUGAGAAUGCUGAAGAUCUCAAGUAUGGAUGAUUUAAUUGCAAAUUCAAUGAAUAUUUUGGAGCCAGCUCCAAUGGAUUCUGAGGGAAAGGAACGUGAAGAUGUCAUGUUGGCUGAUCAUCCUGUUGAUUUGCUUCUUUUACCUGGACUCGCAUUUGACAAAUCUGGAAGACGUUUGGGUCGUGGUGGAGGAUAUUAUGAUGCAUUCUUGACGAGAUAUCAGGGGCUUGUGAAGGAACGGAAGUGGAAGCAGCCUUUCCUGGUUGCUCUGUCUUAUUCAGUGCAGAUAAUGGAUGAGGGUGUUGUUCCAGUCACCCCAAAUGAUGUAUUUGUUGAUGCGCUUGUGUCACCCUCUGGUGUAAUUCCCAUCAGUGCAGCUGCCAAGGCAAGAUGUCAAUGAGAUUGCAGUCUUGGGUUGGACGUUCUUCCGUUGUUGAUUUCUGAUUUUGUUGGGGGGAGGGGGGGGGUGUUGGUGGUGGUGGUUUCCCUUUAAAUAAUUUUUACAUCAAGAAGAAGGAAGAUUUAUGGUGGCGGCACAGGAUGUGGUGUAUACCUUCUACGAUGAUAUAACUCAAAAUUGUACUGAAUGUCAUAGACCUAUUCAAAAUAAGGGAUAUUAGGUGUACGAUUUGCCACAGUACUGUUAGGAAAUUUGAACUAAUAAUCUCUGAAAUAUAUCUUCAUUUUAUACCUUUUCUAA